AAGAAGCGUUUCACGAAAUAUAGUAAAGUACAAGUUAAAUUGUAGUGAUCAAGUACAUUUGAGACCAAACAAGAUGCCUGGAGUGUAUGAAUCUCAAGAGAAAGAAAUGCAAAAGAAAGAGGAGCAGUUUUUGAUACAUUUCCAAGAUAUCGUCGAGGAACUAAAAGAGGCGGUAAAUUUUCACGAUACAAGUGGACUUGCUUCAAAGCACAUUGAACGCAUACUUAAAUAUAAUGUAGCAGAUCUAGCAGAUCCAAAUGGAAUAAUAUGUGGUGGUCUUAUUAUAAUGAGUACCUUCGAGUUAUAUGCACCAACGGAUAUGCAAACAGAAGAAAAUAUUAAAUUAGCCUCAUAUUUGGGAUGCUGUUUUGAAAUGCUUAGGGCAGUGGCCUAUAUUGUGGAUGAUAUUAUAGAUAGCAGCGUUACUAGACAAAAUAAAACUUGUUGGUACAAGUUGGAAGAUAUUGACUUAAGUGCUAUCAAUGAUGCAUUUAUGCUUGAAUCAUCAAUGUAUUUUAUUCUAAAGAAACAUUUUAGUCAUCUUGACUGUUACGUCAAGAUCGUUCAGUUAUACAGAGAAAUAGUUUUUGUUGGCAGUAUUGGAGAACAUUUGGAUAUCCAGACACAAUAUCAGGAUUUCACGACCUUUACAAUGGACCAAUAUAAGAAAUUAGUUCAAAAUAAAACGAUAUACCCAGGAGGAUACAUUCCAAUGACUAUAGCAUUGCAUUUCGCUGGCGUUACUGAUCCUGAUAUUUUUCAAAAAACGAAGUCUAUGUGCCUGGCGUAUGGAGAACUUUAUCAAUUUCAGAACGAUUUCAACGAUUGUUAUGGUGACCCUGAGGUUAAUGAUAACAUAGGAAAGUACAUUGAGGAAGGAAAGUGCACAUGGUUAGCUGUAAAAUUCCUAGAAAUAGCUACACCUGCUCAGAAGGAAAUAUUCAAAGAGAAUUAUGGGAAGACUGAUCCUUGCUGCGUAAAAAAAAUUAAGCAACUGUACGAUGAACUAUCUAUUCGAGAUAUUUGUAUUAAACACGAAACAGAUAGCAUUGAUAUGAUACGCAAAAACCCGGAUUUUUUUGGCAAAAUAGCAAAUGUGUUUGAGUAUUUUUUUGUUAAACAGUCCCAGAGAUACAACAAUUAAAAUGCGACCAUUUAUUGGUUAAUGAUAUUUUAAGAAUAGAAGAGGUGAAAUAAUAUUAAUUUUAAUGUUUUUGAUGUAGAUUUAAGUUUUACCGAAGUUGUUGUAAUCAUUUGAAAGGAAAAAAAAACGACGCAAAGAUUGAAUGGAAUACCGGAUUGUCAGGGAGAGGAUUCAUUCAAAGGAAUGCACCAACUUUUUCCAGAGCUUUCGGCUCAAAUAUCAAGCCUUCAGUGGUCAAGACUUAGGUUGUAGGCUCGAAAAUUGAACGAAAACCUCUAGAAUAGCUUGAUCCAUUUAUCUUUGAGUGGUUCCUAUCCCCAGAUGAACAGUGGUAUCCUCGUAAUAGAAAAGAAGAAAAACGUUUGUCAAGCUUGAAAACGAAAAUACAGUCAAAAAAAUUAAAUGUA